CACUUCCCCGCCCAACUCUCCAAACAAGUACAAACGAUCAUGCUGCCCACUCGCCAGGUUACAUUCGGUACUCGUACCUAUCAGCCUCAGAAUGCUGCGGUCAACGGCAACGCCUUCGGCCCUGGUCUCGCUCUUCCCGGCGGGUCCGCCAACCCCUUCGAGCAACAACAGCAGGCGCAUCAGGCGGCUCUGCCUCAACCCGCAAAAGCCCUCACUCCCCCUCCUGUCAAUGCUGUUGCUGGUCCCUCCUCAGUACCUGCUCCACCUGUCGCCGCCGCCGCCACCCCGGCUCCCUUGACGCUGGAGCAGCAGCAUAUCACCGCCGUCGAAGGCAUCGUCCCCACUCUUCAAAACAUCGUCGCCACCGUCAAUCUCGAUUGCCGAUUAGACCUCAAGACGAUUGCUUUGCACGCAAGGAAUGCCGAGUACAAUCCCAAGCGUUUUGCAGCCGUCAUCAUGCGUAUUCGUGAUCCCAAGACGACAGCAUUGAUCUUCGCAUCGGGCAAGAUGGUCGUAACGGGUGCCAAGUCGGAGGAUGAUUCGAGGCUAGCUUCGCGCAAGUAUGCUCGUAUAGUGCAGAAGCUGGGGUUCGAGGCCAAGUUCUCGGAGUUCAAGAUCCAGAACAUCGUCGGCAGUUGUGAUGUGAAAUUCCCCAUUCGUUUGGAGGGAUUGGCAUACAGCCACGGACAGUUCAGCAGCUACGAGCCUGAACUAUUCCCUGGUCUUAUCUACCGCAUGAUUAAGCCCAAAGUCGUGCUUCUGAUCUUCGUCUCUGGAAAGAUUGUGUUGACUGGUGCCAAGGUUCGGGAGGAGAUCUACACUGCCUUCAACACGAUCUACACUGUGUUGUGCGAAUUCCGCAAGCCGUGAUCGGCGAGCGUAAAAUUGGGCGACGGUGGGCUGGCGGAAACGUAGUGCACGGACGCCACAAACCUGCUGCCAUUAUGCCCAUGCCUGUUUUUUUUAUUCCUCUUCGGGGUCCACAUGCAUUCACACAUCACCAUCAUCAUACACCCUACAUUGCAACUCAAUACGUACAACCACAUACAGACGCAUACAGUCAUUAGUGUAAAUAGCCCAUUCAACGUCUCUCUUGAGAGACAUGAAUUCACAAUCACGCGUGAAAUCUCUCA